UGGCGGAAGAAUACUACUUGAGCCAUCGUCUGUUUCAUUCCAAUUGUUUCUGCGUUCACGUAUCAGGCCGGUUAUCAACAUGGGGUUCGGCGAAUAUCCAGCAGAGUAUAAUCCCAAAAUUCAUGGCCCAUAUGAUCCAGCCAGAUAUUAUGGCAAAGCUGAUAUUCCUUUUGGAGAAGUGAAACUUGGUGAACUUCCUGGAUGGCUCACCAGACGUAGCAUUGGAGGCAUCCCUGGUGCAGUUUCCAGGGCUUUCUGGAGGUGGCAGCAUAAAUAUGUUCUGCCAAAGAAAACUAACUUUGCUCCAUACGGACAGUUGGUAGUUGGAUCAAUGAUAUUCUUCUAUCUGAUCAACUAUGGAAAAAUGGCAAGCCACAGGAAUCACAAGUACCAUUGGUAAAAUAUACUUCUCAGUCAGUGUCAGCAUUCUUAGAUUCAGGGUGAAAUUUGUUCGAAAGAAGGUGAACUAUUGUACAUCUUUGUAUAAAAUAUAUAUAUGACAUAGAA